CAUGGAGCUUCUCCCACUGUCCGCAUGGUAGCUGAUCCAGGGGAUCAGGGUGCGGGUCAUGCAUAAAUAAGCAGUUUUGAGGAGAAUGAUGAUUAUUUCCUGGUGAUCACAGAGAGCCGAUCGUGAGUCUGAACCCGGAGCUGCCGGUGAGCUCGAACCCUGGUUCCUCCACACCUGAGGACUCUCGUGUUUCCCCAUCAAAGUCUCAGACACUAUGGGCUGUUCUUCAUCCAGCAGCCAGAACAUCUCCCAGGAGGGAAACAGACCCGGGACCAAACCGGGGGACGCCAAUGGGGAGACCACACUCGUGGCUUGCAAUCAGAAUGGCACCUUUUUUGAGGAGAGCAUGACCAUCGCAGAGCAGGUCCAGAGCAUCCUACCCCAUGAUCCGGUGAUCUGCCAGGAGUCUCCAGCACCGGCCACUGAAGCUUUAGAAUGUCUUACAGCUGCCGAGGAGGCUGUGGCGGAUGCUGAGUCGGAGCUCUUGGUCGUGAGCAGCUCUCCUGUGGCCCAGCAGGGUCCUGAACCUGAGUUGAGAGUGACCGCGCAGCCUGAGCCGAGCGUUGACCUUGAGCCGACAAGUGAAUCUGAACCGGAGCCGGCACCCGUGUGCGAGCCCGCACCCGCACCUGUACGGGCUGCAGCGUCUGAGCCGGAGCCAUCAUGUGACGUGAGCAUCGUUGUCGCACCUGGGCCAGCCUCUGCACCUGCUCCGUCACCUGCACCUGAACCAGCAGCUGCUGAAGCCGAGCCCAAAGCAUCCGUUGAGUCCGCAUUCACCCCUGAGGUCACCGCUGCUCCGGAGGAAGCCGCUGUCCAGGAGCUGAUCCUCAGCACGGAAGAAGAGGUGGUCUCUCAAGUAGAGGAAUCUGCAGAAACACCUGUUCUGGAACUGGUGACUUCCUCUGAUGAGGAAAAGGAUGCAGAAGAGACCUCCGACAGACCAGACCUGGCCCAGGCUGAAGAACCUGCUACAGAGGGAGUCAUAAAGGAAGUCAGACCACUGGCGGAGGAAGCAGCAGUUGUCUGCAGCGUAACAGCCGACGGCACAGAAGCUCCAUCCACUCAGGUCUCAGAGCCGGAACCGAAUGUGAGCGUGACCUCUGACCCCGCUGGCACUGAGAACGUGAAGGCACCUGCCAUCUCCCCCGAAUUGUUCCAGGACCCCCAGAGUCCUGCACCAGGGGCCAAAGUUGAAGGUGAUACGGGCGAGAAGCUGGAGGGGGAGGACCCCCAGGAUGAGGGAGGUGAGGAGGCCAAGACAGAAACCCAUGCUGAGCCCAGCAAGACUGAGGAGGCACUUGCCUUGUCAGCCCAAACCAGAGCUUGAUGUUCAUAAACUGGUCUGUAUAAACGUGAAAUCUACCACCUGCCAUCCAGUCUACUCUAACCCAAUGACUUUGCUAUUUAGCUGUUCCAUCUGACAAAUAGAGAGCAUCAACCGCAGCAAGUUUGACCUUUGAACUUCUGCAUUUUUUUUUUUAUCUUAUAGCCAACAGCAAGUGACACAACCGCCUCUUUUCGACCGUCAGCAAUACAGAAGACUUAAGCUGUGACACAAGCGAGAGUUUGACUGAGAUGAAAAUUGUUUCACGUAAAAUGCAUUUUUUCUCACCGGAUGAUCGCCAAGAUCGAGUCUGACACCUCCAUGCCUUUGUCUUGUACAUGCAGGGUCGUUUCCUCCAAUGUUGUAAAUACCUUCUGUUCGCCUUCGUAUCAAUGUCUCAUCUGUGCUUCAGUCAGCUCUGCGCACAAAUGGUGCUGUAGGCUUUGAACAGGCGCAAAGACGCUACAAUGACUCCAUAAAGUUCAAUUCCAGGAUUGCAAUAGUGAUACACGGGUGGGGGGGGGGGUGUCAUUCAGAGCAGAUGUGUGAUGUAGAUCCUUCGCUGCUUGACCUAUCCACCAACACCAGGGAUCGAAGCCAAACGUAACCGGUAAAGUGGAGCACACAGGUGUCACAGUGGGCUUAGCCCUGGGAAAUUAACUUCGCCGUAGUAGACGUGCUAUGAACUCUGAAAAUCGAGUGGGGGAUUUCAAACAAGGUCUUUAACAAAGAGGUAUGAGAAACAGGUCAGGUGGAUGAAUAUCACUGAUUCAAAUAUAAAAGUAUACAUUGGAUUGCUGACUAAGCUAUGUUGCAUAUGCGGAUUUUUUUUUUUUUUUAAAUCUGUGCUUAAUCAAUAUACAUAUUUAUUUACAUGUAACCCUAACCCCAGAAAGAAUCAUCUUAAUUUGGCUGAUUUUUUACAGAAAUACAGAAAUGCCAAAUAUAUAGUGUUAUACGGAAUUAUUUUAUUGAAUUUAAAUACCCAGUGUUCCUCCCACACUGAACCUCUCCCAUUGCAGUAACAUUUUUGCUAUUAUAUUUUGAUCAUUUUUAGCGGUGGGACACCAAGUGCAACCUGUGCAUUCUGUACCAAUGCUGUGCGACAGUAAACGUUUCAUACAGUUCUUGACUUGAGACUCCGACACAUAUUUGAGGGAAAUGAAGUCUGUAUCAUUUCCAUAGCAACUUCACGUUGUUCCUUAGGGAGUGACGACAUGUGACAUCACAGAAAAGCCUGGUGAACAUGUGACAUCCCAGAAUUCUUCAGAGGCCUUCACCGUCACUUUUGCGUACUGUACUACUAUUGCGUUAAUGGUAGGACUGUGUGCUGCGCUGUAGUUGAACUCCUUUCAUUCAAGGACUUUGACAACAGUCCCUUUAACUUUUAUAUAUGUUGCCAGGGAAUAGUUUUGAUGUGCCCUCUCCUCUGUGUACAGUUGGAAUAAAGACCCUACUGGGCUACUUACCCAUGUCGUCCUGGUGUCGCUGGGAGCGGGAGGUCGGGGGUAUAAUGUGUGAGAGGGGAAAACAGAAUGCUGGGUGGGGCAGAAACUCAAAGGAUCAAGUAUGACUUGCAGGGU